ACGGGUGUGGUUGCUCUGUUUUGUAUGGCGUUAUACCCUUUGAGAUGUUCCGCCAGUAUGAUCUGUUAUAAAAUGGCGUCCGCUGGUGCUGGCGAACGACAUGACUCUGCAGGAACGGCUACCGACCGAGCAGGGCAUGAGUCUGGUGGAAAUCGUGGUGGGCCGGCCUCGACUUCUGGCGGUGCUCCAGUAGCGGAACGCGGUCAGCGUGCUUCUUCGGGUGGCAGGCACAGCGGCGGGACGAAGAGAAAUCCUUCGUACUACAAGUACGACAACCGGCAGUGGUUUCUUGAUUGGGUUUCUGCUAACGAGUCUGUGCUGACGAGUCCACCUUGCGGUGGAGUCGUCUUCGUGAGAGACCAUAAGAAUUUUCGGCUCGCCGGGGCCGUGAGCGGGUGGGGAAAUUGUUCGGAAGGAGUUCGUACUUUCACCCUUCAAACGACAUACGGGAAGGACGGUCGUCCUGACGAUGACGCCCAUGGUGUCAGAUUGUCUUGGAAAAAGUUUCGGGGUUUCGGCAAACAAGCCACCAUGCUUCCAUUUUACACGGCCAUAACAUCAGAUUUAGAACGAAAUGUUCUCUUGCGGGUCUUCUUUGAUGAGUGGGAGAGAGUGGUGCUGCCAGCCAGGUGUUUAGAUGUGCCGCAGGAGCAUCGUAUUUCAAUGCCGAUCUCAUACGUUGGCGAUGACGAGGACCGCACGCGAACUUCAGAAAUGUCGACUGUUGUUGCUACAGAGGGUGAAGCUGUCGAACGCAGACAUGUGGAGGGGGCGGUCGCCGAUGUGGCUCAGGGUCCAGUGAGUGCUACGAAUGAGCCGUCGACUGGGGCGAAGACAACUGGAGUUAGCACAUCGGGAGGAGAUCAUGAGGUUGCGGAGCAGCCAAGGGACAUGGGUAAAAGACCUGUUGCGGUGGGAGAAAAGAGAAGCGGAGAAGAAUCUGGCAGCGAGGGGGCUGGAGACGAACACAGACAGGCCGUACAAUCGGACAAGAAGAAAAGGAAAACAAGUACCCCUCGCCAGACAUCUGACAAGAAGAGGAACUCGGGAGGGAGGAACCCGGAAACACCGAAGGCGAGACGGGGAGGUGGAACGGGGGAGGGGUCAUCGAAAGGCAAGCGGGCACGAGCAGAUGAAAACGACAGUGAGGACGACAAGGAAAAGGUUGUCGAUCUGGACGCCGGGUACUUUCUGGAAUGGAAAGAGGGUGUAAAGAAAGAUGUCACUCUUUCUAUCAACCCGGAGACGGUCUUGGAGUUGCCGGCGUGGGAAAGGCUGUACAAUCAUCAUUCGAUCGACCCAACCCACACGGCAUAUAUACUGCGGUGUAUGAUGGAUGCCUUCAAGAAGAAAGGAAAGACGUACGAGAAGCCAAUUUUGAAAUUGGCGCCAAUUGUAGGGCUUCCUAGCCCCGGACGGAAGGCUGUUCGGGUGACCCCGGACAAAUUCGAUGUGGAGAACCCGAACGAGCACUGGUACUAUGCUGUGAGCGGGCAGCACAAUGUCAAGGCUGCGCUGGAGUUGAGAAACCACGAGAUUUGGGAGAAGUAUACCUUCUCCGACUGGCCCUUCAAGCCGUUGUACUUCACCGAGGAGGACUUCGACGGUUAUACGCAGAUAAGCGUGAACGAGAAUAGGAAGGACAAGUUAGCCCCUCCUCGGCCUCAGCGAUUGUCAAUGGCAGACAUUCGUCAGGAGUGGAAUAACUUGAAGCAUGCGGAGAAACGUCGGAUCCUGCGAGGGUUACUGGACUUGGACAUUGUCUGGGUGCAGACAGGAAGCAAAAAGUUGAUUGAGCAGGGGAAGGUUGGGAUGAAGGAUGCUUGUGAAAUGGUCAAGCAAGAUCGGAUGUUGCUCCGGCUGUGGCAUAUUGUGCAAUUACAGCACGAGGGCCGCGACAACGAUGAUUGGAAUGACUCCUUUUUCCGGACGAAGGAGCAAUUGAUGGCAGAGUACGCCUCCAAGGGACUGGAUGAGAAAUGGUGGGUGGGCUGCAGGAAAUGGGUCACUGAUCACUCGUACCUCAAGGAAUGCCCCCAGUGUCUCGGUUGUCCGAGUGAUAAGGACGUGGCGGCGAUGAUGAAGUUGGUCAAUCACGAGAAGUUUCCAACUGAGUGGAAGCGGUUUGUGCUGUCCGUGCUGAAAGGCGAACGUAGCAAGACAGAAGAGGGGCCGCAAGCACUGGGAGAAUGCACCAAUGUCAAAUGGAAGCACACCAGUCAAGUGACAACCCUCGCACCAUUUGCUUACGACGCCUUCACGRCUUUCUUGAGAAAGGAUGAGAURAGGAAAGUUGUGACGCAGCUGCGAUGCCACACUUGCAUCAUYGACUUCUGCGAUCCCGUUGACCGAGCACGUUGGAAUGAGGAGGCUUUCCGGUCAUUGGCGGCAUUCCUUGAAGCUGUGUGUCCUGAUUUYYGRACUCUGAUUGCUUUCGUUCCCAGGCAAUGGGACCUCUCCUUCAUGGGUCUUCUGCACAUUCUUCCUGUCACGAAUGGUUGUGCAGGAAAAUGGGUUCGGAGGAGUMAAGUUAAGAAGCACUACCAAAUCGGGAACAGUGUGUGGGCCGAGGAGGACAGGAUGUAUGUUCUUUUCCAUGGGGAUGAUCUGAAGCUUAACACCCCACCGACAUAUGAGGGGCGAUUGYCGGACGAUGACGCUGCAGCUCUUGGGAAAAGGCAGAAGUGCACACCCUCGGACAUUGCCGAAACACAGUUCAUGGCCACGACGUAUGCAUUGGCAGGCGUGCACCACCUAAAGGGGUUYGUCUAUAAGGAAAUGGAGCGCCACCCRGUUAUGCUAUUGGGUCARAUAGAGUUCUUCUGCCCARUCGAAAAUGGAGUUAUGUUCAUCGGCAAAGCACACGCCCAGGUUGUGUGGCAAGUCCUCAAGAGCGGGCGUCAUGUUGUGGCCAUCGAGGGAGACACAAAGCUCCUCAACUUUUUGAUGACAUAUGUUGCGCAUGAGGUGCAUACGGGUGUGGACAACUGUGAAUUCUACCAGGUGCAGAAAGAGGUCGACCAUGAUCCAGACAGGAAUAUGUGGUUCAAGCUAUCAGCUGAGAAAAGGGCGAGUGUAUACAAGUUUCUUUUCCUCGACACACGACCCAAACUAAGAUUCGAGGACGACCACAAGUGCCGACGAGAUGUCGUGAUCGGGGCAUUGGAUGGCUACCAUGGUGCUUCUAGGGAGGCUGCGGCCAACUUCGUGGAGAAACUUGAGGAACGCUAUUUCGACAAUGGCAAGAUGGAACUCACGUUAAAUUAUUACAAGGCUCAGUUCACCAAAGAGGACAAUUUCAACGCAAACGACGAGGAAGAAGUCAGCGAAGAUGUGUUCCAACCAGCAGUUAUUGAUAGCGAAUGGGUUAUGGCGUUCAAUGAUAAGGGCGAAUGGAAAUCAGAACCCCAUUCGUCAAAAAAGGUGUUUGAAGAGGCCGCCCUCCAAGCGGUUAUCGACCACGUCGCGGAGGUAAACUGUCGUCAACCAGAUGAGUUUGUCGUCAAAGUGUUCGGAGAGCAGACAUAUGAGAUUCUUCGGGAACACAACAUGUUGGAGUUGUGUCGUGACUUUUAUUACCUCGAAACAAGUCCAAGUUAUGAGGCUAACAUUGACUGGCAUAUUCCGCCUCCUGCCCCAACACGAGGAGAGGGAGCUGGACGGGGCGGACGUGGAGGAGAUGACGAAGGAGGGGACGGAGGAGGUGAGGACAGAACCCGCGCCGGCGGUCACGGUGGACAUGGUGGAGCAAGUGACAAUAGAGGGGGCGGCGCACAACGCGGAAAUAUUACGAGCGCGGGAGGGGUCACAAUCGCAGGCGGAAUGGGUGGCAUGGCUUCGGCAGAAGGUGCGAGCUCACAAACUGGCAGCACCGACGACACCCUUGCGCUGGGUACGGAAGACCAGGAAACUGCACCCUUUGACACGCAUUAUGGUGGUUCAGAGGGCGGGCAUGUCUCACUGACGGAUGCCGCGGAGAAACCUGCAGGCGGGUCAUACUUCCCCCAGAUGGGAUUCGAAGGGCACAAGGAGCGCGGGCUGCGUGAUGGCGGUUCUUUUGCCGGCGCCGGAUGUAUCUGCCGUCCAAGCCUCCGUGACAAUGCAGAGCGGAAGGAGGACUUUGUUGUCAGACACACUUCGCAGCAAACACGCAGCAUGGAUAACACCCUUGCCCUGAAUAUGGAAGACCAGCAGACUCCACCACCGGCGCAUCAACUCAGCAGCACCGACGACAUGCUUGCCCUGGGUAUGGAAGACCAGGAGGGUGCACCCUUCGACACACAUUAUGGUGGUCCUGAGGGCGGGCAUGUCUCGCUGACGAUUGCCUCGGAGAAACCUGCGGACGGGCAGAAGGGGCCCGGGGUGCGUGAUGGCGGUUCUUUUGCCGGCACCGGAUGUAUCCGCCGUCGAAGCCUGCGUGUCGGUGCAGAGCAAACUCCACCACCGACGGAGCAGCAGCCACGCAGCACGGAUAACACCCCUGCCCUGGGUGUGGAAGACCAGGAGACUCCACCUCGUGAUGCACAUUGUGGYGGUUCCCAGGGCGGGUAUGUCUCGCAGUUAUGUUCARGGUUGCCUGGCAUGCGGCCCUCRAAAAUCAUUACGGCUAUAGUCGUGUCGGACCAGUGCAAYGAGGAYGAAGACGUCACCAUGCUGGAAGGGGAUGAGGUUGYAGUCYGUCRUCCGAUCGAAGAUGAUCUUGUCAAGACACUUUUCCGCGAAUUCGAUUCCCCCGUUGUCAUCUCUCCCUCUUCACAAUUAUUGACUCCUCAAGAUGAAGUUCUAACCAUCCGUGGGAGUGGCGGGACAGCUGGUCGUCCUGUAGAGUUCUGCCCCGGUGCUCCGGAAAAAGUUGUUUGCCUCGUCGACGCAGACAUUAAGGACCUGUCCCGGUUUCCAUCCCGGUUAGAUGGCAUUAUGGCAUCGGUUUAGAUUGAAGAGUUCGUGCUGGGUCUAAGCACGACAUGUCUAGGAAAAGACUUGCCACAAUCGAAAGGUUUAGACG